AUGGCGGCUCAGGUUCAAGUUCAACCUCAGGCGGUGAGUGUUGGUGUUGGUGGUGCUGCUCCUGCUGGUGCUCAGCAGUUUGUGCCGACUUCAUUGGACUUGUCGACUCGACGAUCGCUUGGUUAUGGCUAUGUCAACUAUGCGAAUCCUCAAGAUGCUGCAAGGGCAAUGGAGGUACUGAACUUCACACAUUUGAAUGGGAAGGCGAUCAGAAUAAUGUAUUCUCAUCGAGACCCAAGCGUACGCAAAAGUGGCUCUGGAAACAUAUUUAUCAAGAUUCUUGAUAAGGCAAUCGACCAAAAGGCCUUACACGACACAUUCUCUACAUUUGGCAAUAUUCUCUCCUGCAGGAUUGCGACAGAUUCAAGUGGCCAAUCAAAGGGGUAUGGUUUUGUUCAAUACGACGCUGAAGAAUCUGCACAAAAAGCCAUUGAAAAACUGAAGGACAUGCUUUUAAACGACAAACAAGUAUACGUGGGACCCUUUUUGCGCAAACAAGAAAGAGAACUAGUUGUCGACAAGACAAAGUUUACUAAUGUCUUUGUCAAAAACCUGGAUGCUGAAGGGAACUCCAAAUGCUUUGGAUUUGUUAAUUUUGAGAAUGCUGAGGAUGCUGGUAAAGCAGUGGAAGGGCUUAAUGGUCAGAAAUUUGAUAACAAAGAAUGGUAUGUUGGAAAAGCACAGAAGAAAUACGAAAGGGAACAGGAAUUGAAGCAAAGAUUUGAACAGAGUAUGAAGGAGGCAAUUGAUAAAUCACAAUCCAUACAACUUUAG